GGUGGACGGUGCCUUCGAUAGAGGCCCGGACAUACAUACAGUCUGUCCCAUUGGGAUCAUGUCGAGUAGUAUGCCCAAAUCCUAACAAAUACCGUGCUGGCAAUGCGAUGAUGUAUACGAUGCUGACUUCUGGUCAUAAGAUGAGUGUCCAAGAUGAUAGCGAUGCUCGCAAGGCUAAACCCAGUACAUCAAACUGCGGGGAGGACGUAAUCUACGAUGACUUGCAAGUUGAGGAGAUGGAACAGUACGAAGUCGUUGAGGAGGAUGGUAAUUUUGCGGUCAAUGGCAUGCUCUACCAUGAUGAUCCAAGAUGUUCUCCGCAUCGUGUCGUUAAACGAGGUGCUCGUCUUGCGCAGAGGACGCUUGGAGGAAACCCGCGUCGACAGCCGCAUCGGGAAUCCCGCGUGAAUUCCUUCAGGCACCUGCUUGGAUAUGCUGACAAAAGUGACACUGAUACUUCCCAGAACGUGUCUCUUGGUGAAGUGGCUCCUGCUCGUGUCUUCGUAACUAAUGACGUCAGUGGUAUGCAUCUGGAUUGGCCUUUGUACAGCCAGCAGGCUGAAUCUUUUGCAACUGCUGCGCACAUUAUCGUGAGCGAAGCAGCCUUGAUUCGAAACUCUCUGAUAUGCAUGACUGUGCCCCAGGAGUUCACUGAAGUAGGCACUUUCGUCAUAUCAAUGACCGGCUUGGAGGAUCGCCAUGAAGUGACGCAAGACGGUCUUGGAUCAUGGGGUUCGCCUCAAGGGACUACAAAGUUUUACAACUUCUGUCCAACUACGCGAAAGUUGACCACUGCCACGCCAGAUGCCUACACUUAUAAGGUUCAAUGCAACAGAUAUAUUCAUCCAGGAACUGAUGAGCGCGGACACUUCAUUAGGAAGAUCUAUUGCGGAAUAACCAGCACAGGAGAAGCAUGUUCAUAUGCAGUAACCACGUACUCAUGGGAAGGUACGCCACAUCCUAUCACGGUUACUGUACCAGCUUCCCUACCAACGAAGCAGCACCCGUAUGGGGCUAGAAGUUGGGAGGCUGCUGAUAUCGAUUUAAGUGUGGAUGAAGGUAUCAUGCAUCGGGGACAACCGUUGCUGUCGCGUGUUGCUGUGGACUUUACUUUAGCUUGUAAAAUCUUGCUUGGCGGCGUAGAAAUCGAGCAACAUAGAAUCUGUGCGCAAGUGCCACACGAUUUCCGUGAUGGCGGCACGUUUCUUGUUGACAUUGAAAGCUGUGGAGGUGAGCGAAUGCUUUGCAAGGACGGACACGAGUGGCUGAAGCCUUCGGGGAGCAGCAGAUUCUUCCAUUUUGACGAUGACGGUACUAUAUCUCGUGUGGACCGUGCCGGAGCAGUUCCACCUAAUGACGAAUUUGAUGUACAGGUUCUCGCGAAACGAUAUGAGUGCAGUGAUGUGCCGAGUUUCGUUCGCAAAAUAUACGUUGCGCGGGAUAAGUCGGAUGAACCGCGGAUCAACACGCAUGUAGCGGUAGUCACCUUUCACUGGAAAUCUGAGCCGGUGAUCGCUAGGGCAAACAGAGAUGCAAUCAUUGCGAAAAAGAGGCAGACCGAAAGUCCAUCUGGAGGCCGUGCUGAUUUGAGAAACAACGACGUGGCUACCCUUCGAAUGAAAAAAUCGGUUCCUUUGACACGCUUGAAGAUUGGAACCAGACAGAUUGUCAGGCCGAAAGCUUUGCCAGCAAUGGAUGUUUUGUCUCGAGUUCGACUUUCACAUACGGAUCAUUUACGUCGCCUUGCGUUGACGAAGAAAUCCGAAAAUCUAUGUCGUCUCGCUGCGGUUCUUGACCGAGCUGAGCCGAUAUUAGAGCGCUUCGAGCAGUAUCUUCUUGCUCAACAUUGUCAAGAAGGCAAUGACGCGAUAUGGGUGGAACAGCACCAAAAUCUAGUAGAAGAAAGUCCUGGGAAAAAUAGGCAUCGUGCAGAACAAUGCGUUAUUGUUGAUCGCAAUGGAGAGCCUGUUGAUGUGCAGCCUGGCGUAGAAACGCACCUACUUACGAGGCCAUCGUGCUUUCAUAGGUGA